UUGAGAAGAAGAUGAAGAGAAAGAUAAAGAUGAAGAUGAAGAUGAAGAUGAGGAUGAUGAUGAUGGCGAAAGAAUGGAAGCGAUGGCCAAGGAAAGAAAGGCCACUUCUCCCGUCAGAAUGACCUCUCUUUCUUUCCUCUUUCUUUCUUUUCUUCCUUUGGUGAAGCUCAAGUUUCUUUCUUCAUCUUUCUCUCAUUUUCUCUUCUUCUUCUCUCUCUCUCUCCCUUUUCUCUCUUCUACUUUUUGAACGUCUUCUUUUCUCUCUCUUGUUUCUUUUGGGCUUCUGUUACAUUCUGUGUGUGUUUCUUUCUCAAGUAUUGACUUUCUAUCUUUUGAUUAAAUGAGUAACCAUUUCAAUUUAAUUGUUUUCAAUUCGUUUAAUUGUGUUAACCUUUGUUAUUUAUUUACCAUCUUUACAUCAUCGGCAACCGAAACCCUUGGAAACAACAAUCGGAAACCCGUUGGAAAACAUUGGCUUUUUGUUUUCUUCUUGAUUCUCUACCUGGUCCGAUAUUUUUGAUUACAUCUUUUUGUUUUCUUCUACUUGUACUUUGUUGCAAAGGAAAAAAAAAGACUUUGAGUUCUCAUUUUUAUUCAAUCCAUUGGAAUCUCUUUAUUGUUUUCUUUUCGUUUUGAAGUGAAUUCUUGUUUUACUCUUUGAAAGUAGAAAAAAGAAUAGAAAAACAAAAUUCUAUUCUAAAAUGUUUCGGUUUCUAUCUAAACGUUUUGGAAGAAGUUUCCGUCGUCGAACUAAAUCAGCUACAAUUGGAAGAGGUGCCACACCUAAUACAACCACUGAUGAUAAUGAUCAGUCAACAAUCUAUGUGAAUCCCGAUGGUUUCACGGGAAAUUUCAGUCAGAAAAAUUAUAUCCAUUGUAAGAUCAUUUUGCUUGAGGGAAGCAAUUUAACUGCUUAUGUUCACAAAAAGGCCAAAGGAGAGGAAUUAUUCAACUCGGUUAUUAAUCAUCUUGAUCUGAAAACUGAAUUUGAUUAUUUUGGCCUCCAAUACACGGAUACAACUUCAGUGCAACAUUGGCUUGAUUUAACUAAAUUGGUCAAGAAACAAAUAACCAUUGGACCUCCUUACACUUUCCACAUGAAGGUUAAAUUUUAUUCCUCUGAUCCAAGUGGAUUAAAAGAUGAAUAUGUACGUUACCUGUUUUUCCGUCAACUCAAACAAGACCUGGUAACAGGAAAAUUACCUUGUGAUAAACCGACCACAGCUAAACUUGCAGCUCUCUCAUUGCAAUCAGAGUUUGGUGAUUAUGAAUCUGAUUGUCAUGAUAUUGGCUUUGUUUCUGAGUUUAGGUUUGUCCCAGAACAAGAUGAGAGUCUUGAAGAGAUGACAUUAGAAGAAUGGAAAAAACUUAAACCUAAACCGGUCGGUGGAACCUCCAUGUCCGAUAGAGUGUCAAUGACUUCAACAACUUCCAUGAAUCCUGCUAAUGCUGAGAAAGCUUUUCUCAACAAAGCGAAGUGGAUUGAAAUGUAUGGUGUCGAUAUGCACACUGUUCUUGGUAAAGAUGGGAAUGAAUAUUCAUUAGGCCUAACACCUACUGGAAUACUUGUGUUUGAAGGAACAACCAAGAUUGGCCUAUUCUGUUGGCCUAAAAUUUUGAACCUUGAAUUUAAAGGGAAAAAGUUAAUCUUAGUUGUUGUUGAAGAUGAUGAUAUUGGUCGGGAACAGGAACAUACAUUUGUCUUCCGUAUGCCAACAGUGAAAUUAUGUAAACACUUAUGGAAAUGUGCUAUUGAACAUCAUGCCUUUUUCCGUCUUAAAUCAACUCAAAUUGCCGUUCCGGUUAAUCAACGAAAAGCAUUGAUGAGAAUGGGCUCUCGUUUCAGAUUCUCUGGGCGAACUGAAUUUCAAGCUACUCUUCAGCAAACAAAAGUUAAGGAACCAGAUAGAAAAUUUGAGAGAAAACCUUCUCAAAGGUACACUAGUCGUAAACGAAUUGCGUAUAAAGAAACAAAGGAAAAGAAAGAAAAAAGUCACUCUGGUCAUGAUUCUAAAUCAAAUAGCUCAUCACAUACACACAAUUCAUCUCACACCGAAUCAAGAAGUAAACACAAUUCAGAGAUUAAAAGUAAAAAUAGUCUCAACUCUUCAGAGGGAAAGAAUAAAACAUCAAACAAUUCAGAAGAAAAAAAGAAAACCAGUCAACAUCAUUCAGAAGGAAAGAGUAGAAGCCACUCGGAAUCACGAAACCGAAACACAGAAAGUAAAUCAAAACACCAAAAGAAAGAAGAACAGACAAACAUACUUGCGACAUUUGACCUAACAAAGACUAGUGACUUUGAAGCAUCUUCAAGAGGUGAAUUAUCGUCUUCGAAAGGAUGUUUAACUGUUCCUUUAGUGGAUGAUGAAGAUUUUGAAGAUGACGAUAAAAUAGUUACUAUCGAAGUGAACAACAAGAAAGACAGUGGAGAAAAUAUUUCCAAGGAAAAGAAACAAUCAACUGAAGAAGUGAUUAAAGCAAAGGAAAACAUUAAAGUGGAAAGUGAAAUAAUUCCAGCCAUGGCUAAUAUAAAAUUGUCUUCAGAGAUUAAGAAAUCAACUGAUAUUGAGAAAAGAGUCAAACGAGUGCCAAAUAAUUCACGAACAAACACCAAAUUAAAAACGAUGUCACAAAAUAGGAGAUCGAUCAACAAAGAGGCCAAAUCUGUCAGACAACCAUCACCUCCAGUGUUAGUUGAUUUAAGUGAUCAUCGAUCACAGGAAAGUCUUGUUGAUUUUUUACGAGAUAUUCCAAGUAAAACAACUAAUCCAUUUUUAAUCGACAUUGAUGAUAAUAUCGAGCCAAUCGAUGGUAACGAAGCCGCUGAUUCUCACGCAACUCUUGAUGAUGAUAUUAACUCAUCUGAAAGUAUUAACGGUAAAGAUGAGAGACGAGGAGAGACCAAUGGUAAUAAUAAAGCUAAAACAAUCAUCGAUAUCACACCGAUAUUGAUUAAAGAUGUUGGAAGCAAGAAAGUGGACAAUUUAAAGAAUCAUGUGAACAAUUUAACAACGACAAACACAACAACGAGCACAACAAUAGCCAUGGAUGAGGAUAACGAUGAAAGUGAUACGAUGAAUGAAGAUGAUGAACCUUUAAUUACAGAGACUUCGUUUGCAACGAUAAUUCCUGUUACCAAGUCAAUUACUUUACCUAAAGUAGGAUCAACAUCCCCACCAACAACACCGCCAUCAAAUUAUCACCAAUCACCUAAUCAAUUAAUUGAUAAAAUUGAUAAAGAAGGACGAAGAAAAAUCACAAAUUUACCUAAACGAUCAAAUACAACAAUCUCCAAAACAAGCAUAAUAUCAACUGAAUUGUAAACAAUUAACAGUUGA